CAGACUGUUGACUUAUCUCAGUGCACUAACAAACAGCUCCUGACAAUGAAGCUCCUUUUGGCAGUUAUUGUGUCUUUUCUGUUUUAUGCAGGAGGUGCUGCAAUGGUCAGCAGAGCUCAAAGUGUUGCAGCCUUUAAUGCUCUCAGUGCUGCAAUGGUCAGCAGAGCUCAAAGUGUUGCAGCCUUUAAUGCUCUCAGUGCUGCAAUGGUCAGCAGAGCUCAAAGUGUUGCAGCCUUUAAUGCUCCCAGUGCUGCAAAGGACAGCAGAGUUCAAAGUGUUGCAGCUUUUAAUGCUCCCAGUGCUGCAAUGGUCAGCAGAGCUCAAAGUGUUGCAGCCUUUAAUGCUCCCAGUGCUGCAAAGGACAGCAGAGUUCAAAGUGUUGCAGCUUUUAAUGCUCCCAGUGCUGCAAUGGUCAGCAGAGCUCAAAGUGUUGCAGCCUUUAAUGCUCCCAGUGCUGCAAUGGUCAGCAGAGCUCAAAGUGUUGCAGCCUUUAAUGCUCCCAGUGCUGCAAAGGUCAGCAGAGCUCAAAGUGUUGCAGCCUUUAAUGCUCCCAGUGCUGCAAUGGUCAGCAGAGCUCAAAGUGUUGCAGCCUUUAAUGCUCCCAGUGCUGCAAUGGUCAUCAGAGCUCAAAGUGUUGCUGCCUUUAAUGCUCCCAGUGCUGCAAUGGUCAGCAGAGCUCAAAGUGUUGCAGCCUUUAAUGCUCCCAGUGCUGCAAAGGUCAGCAGAGCUCAAAGUGUUGCAGCCUUUAAUGCUCCCAGUGCUGCAAUAAUCAGCAGAGCUCAAAGUGUUGCAGCCUUUAAUGCUCCCAGUGCUGCAAAGGUCAGCAGAGCUCAAAGUGUUGCAGCCUUUAAUGCUCCCAGUGCUGCAGAGGUCAGCAGAGGUCAAAGUGCUGCCGCCUUUAAUGGUGCCAGUGCUGGAGAAGCCAGCGGGGCUGGAACUGCUGCAGCCCUUAAUGUUGUCAGUGCUGGAAAAGACAGCAGAGCUCAAACUGCUGCAGCCUUUAAUUUUGCCAGUGCUGGAGAAGCCAGCGGGGCUGGAACUGCUGCAGCCCUUAAUGUUGUCAGUGAGUAUUUUUCUUGUGUUUCAUUUCCUUGCCAUGAAAGUGUCUAUUAA